GGAAGCGUGAGGGAUCACCCUCGCAGCUCUCCUCUGACUGACAAGGAGAAGCUCUGCAACCAUGGAGUCACACGAGACAUCAAGCAAACAAAUCCAACGCCAUGGCAAGGCCAGGAAGGAGAGGUUCCUGGACUUCCUUAGGGCGGCGCCUUCCAAGGACCUAUGGCUGCAGCGCUUCGGCGUCACCGUGACCGCCCCACACGCCUUCCUCCGCCGCGUCGCCACCGUCGGCUACGUGCCGGCAGCCUACGCCCGCUUCUUCCCCCUCCGCGCGCCGGCGGCGUUCGUGCGCGGCGUGGACUGGCGCGCCCUGCGCGCCCGGUGCAAGGCCUGGGCGAGGCGGCCCACGAACGCGGCGCUGCUCGUCUGGCUGGCCUUCGUCGCCGCGGGCGUCGCGUUCGUCUUCCUGCUUAUGACGGGGGCGCUCGACUCCGCCGUGCCCGACGCGGCCCGGCGGCGGCGCUGGACGGAGGUCGCCAACCAGGUGCUCAACGCGCUCUUCACCGUCAUGUGCGUGUACCAGCACCCGCGGCUCUGCCACCACCUCGCGCUCCUGCUCCGCUGGUGGCGCGACGACGCCGCCGCCGCCGAGCUCCGCGCCGUCUACUGCAAGAACGCCGCCGGCACGAGGCGGGAGCGCCUCCACGUCGCCGUCGUGCUGCUGCUGCUCCACGCCACGUGCUUCGCGCAGUACGCCUACUGCGCGCUCUUCUGGGCGUUCAGCAGCGACACGCGCCCCGACUGGGCCGUCAACUUCUGCAUGGCGUUCGGGCUCGCCGCCCCCGUCGCCGCCGCGCUCUACAUGGUCUACGGACCGCUCGGCAGAAGGAUCGUGCAGCUCCCGGCGGCGGCGGCGGCGGACACCGGAGACGACGAGGCCGUCGCGGUGAUGGCCGCCGAUGAGGCGCGGUACACCGGUGGCAGAGUGGCGGUCGCCAGGCCGGAGUGGGCCGGCGGGCUGUUCGACCUCGCCGACGACCCGACGGUAGCGGCGCUGUCCCUGACGUGCACGUUCUGCAUGUUCGGGUGGAACAUGGAGCGCAUGGGCAUGGGCAAUAUGUACGUGCACGUCUUCACGUUCGCACUCCUCUGCGCCGCGCCCGUGCUGGUGUUCGCGGUCGCCGCGCUUAACAUCCACGACGCCACGCUGGGGUUCCUCGUCGGCGCCACGGGCGCGCUGCUCUCCGUGCUGGGCCUCACGUACGGGGGCUUCUGGCGCGCGCAGAUGCGCAGGCGCUUCAGCCUGCCGGCCGACCGGUCCAUGUGCGGCGGCCGGCCAGCCGCGGCGGACUACGCCAAGUGGCUGCUCUGCGCGCCGUGCGCGCUGGCGCAGGAGGUCAGGACGGGCAACCUAUACGACGUGGAGGAUGGCAGCUUGUACCACGUGAGGGGCAGCGACGAGGACGCGUUGGAGGAGGAGAAGCCUGGAAUGGCGCCUCUAGAGAGGGAGGGGUGCGUCGCGCCAGCGCCAUUGACGGCCGACAAGACACGCGCUGGUCGUGUUGAGUGUGUAGUUACCGUUAAACCUCCGGCGCCGCUGAGGAUAAUGAGAGGUGAAUAAGUGAACAUGCACAAAUGUACAAAAGGUGAUUUAAUGCGCUUUGGCUUUUCUUUAGUUCUUUU